UAAUCUUCGCUCCCGGCCUUUUUUUCUUUUCUUCUUCUUCUUCUUCUUCUUCUUCUUCUUCUUCUUCUUCUUCUUCUUCUUCUUCUUCUUCUUCUUGUGUUUCUAGCUGUGCCUUACAGGACUGAGUCACUCGUUAGCUUCAGUUCGUGAACUCUGUCGACUUUUCUCUCGCCACUUUUUUUUUACAUUUCUUUUUCUUUCGGACUCGGGUUCUUUCGCUCCUUUUCGCAGCUUGACGCGCUUAUUGUGAUUCCCGACCAGUGGUCGAAGCUCUUCGCACUCCCCCACCCCCGAAUAGUUUCUGUUGUCUGGAACUGAGAAUAUAGAGUCGCCAGAUAGCAGCAACAUGAGAGAGUCUGCCGACUAAAUUAUUGGCCCGAACCGAACAUCCGAUUUGCUAUUUGACUUGAGUGUCAUUCAUCCGUCUAUGCUUCGUCUUCGACAUAAUUAAUCACUAGCAACUACUGAGAUCAGCGAACUUUUGAACGGCACCUUGAUAGUCGCAGGCCGGCAUGGCAACCUGCAUAUCUCUCAAGGGCUCGACGCAAUGUCCCGCCUGGAAUGGCUCAUCGAUAUCAACCAGCUCUAAUCUCUACACUGACUUCCCAUUCAUGCAGAACGUUACAAGCGUAAAACAAUUUGACCAAGAGUUGAGUGGUUACGUUAAAGGAUCUUACGUUACCCAAAAAUAUGUCGAGUACCUGGGCUGCCAAGGGGCCAAUCUUACAGAUACUGAUGAUUUUUAUGCGCGCUAUACCGCUAGCAGCAUAUGCAGUGGGCUCGUUCAAAGUUCAAAAAAGGAUUGCGACCUAUCGGAUGAUGAUUCCAGGCCUCUCUGUGCUGAUACCUGUGCAUUGAUGGCUACAAGCGAAGCAACUAUCUUGCUUAAUCCUGAUCUUUGCCCCAAAAGAGCCGGUAAUUAUAUGAGCCAAGUCCGCUCUGACUUUACCGUGUGUGCUCUUCCCGCCGACUCACUAACCGUGACCUGCAUAUCGGGAGCUGACAACGAGUCCGACGAAUGUGGAUAUGGUUCGAAUCUGGUCGGCUUGUGUGGAUUUUGUGGGGCAAGCUCACCAAACUCCACUGAUUCCUGCUGCAUAAAUUCGAACGCUGCGACUCGAUGUAAAGAUGUGACUAUUCCCACGCCGUCAACGACAAUCCCGCCGAUUUUCACUUCAACAUCUAGUCCGACUGCAGGAGCCUCAUCUGGGCAUCUCUCCGGAGGCCAAAUUGCGGGAGCUGUGAUUGGGGCCGUAGCUGGAGUUGCUCUUUUGGCGGCAUUAGCUGCACUGGCGUUGAUAUGCUGGAGACGAAAACGAAGGGCUCGGAAUGACAAUGUUUUGAACCAGCCAAACCCUCAGAGGAAGGGCUUCUCACCAAUGCAACCUAGCCCCAACCAGCAAGGCUUCGCACCGAUUCCAGGAGGGAGAGUAGCUAGGAUGUCUGCCCUGCGUGAGGCCCCAAGCUAUUCACCCGGGCGCUCUCGUAAUUCUGCUGCUAUUUUUGGUGGUGGAAAAUAUAGCGAAUCCUCUGAUUCAGACUACUACGGCGCGAGCCCCGGGGCUAUGUCUAAGAAGAUCCCCCCGACUGCAGGGAAGCGUACUGCCUCACUGUCUAGCAAUUCGGCCCUGGCUGGUGCAGGUAGUGAUGGGUCACCUCGCUCCGGCAUAGGUGGUCAAUACUCAUCACCCGAUGGGAUGGCCAGUGGCCAGUCGGAGCAACUAUCUUCAUUCCAUGAUUAUUACUCCCAAGAUGACAUUCGCCCAGGAGACAAGGUUGCCGUGCUUUGGGCGUAUCAGCCACGAGCGGGCGAUGAAUUCUCCCUGGACCGAGGGGAGAUGUUGAAGGUAGUUGGAAUUUGGGAUGAUGGUUGGGCGACAGGAAUCCGGGUCCCAGAGAGUGCGGAGGAUUAUGAUGCUAGACAUAGAGAACAGCGCGACAGCGGUGUAUCAAAUGGCUCACACAGGCCGAUUGCAUCUCCUUCCCCAACUGGGGAAAUCAAAGCAUUCCCCUUGGUCUGUGUGUGCCUCCCCCAGCACUGGAGAAAGAUCAUCGAUGGAGGACAAGCAGAUGAUAACCUAUGAUAACCAGCAGCCCUUUCGUUCAUGAGCCAAAAAGUAUGAGGGUUUGAAGUUCUAAUGCCGGUUUAUGCUCUUACGAUAGCACCUUUGUCAGUUUCUGUCCACAACAUUCGCCGCCGCUGUGUGUU